UCGCGUGUGCACGAGGUAUCGAAAAUGGCGACCGAUAUGUUGCCGUCUGUGUAAUAGAGUGCAUAAUCCGUGUACCUGAUAAAGCAAGUGUUGUGCAUGAUCAACUACUAACAUAUUAAUAACAUAUACUUGUGAAAGGUGUUCUACUCGAAAUGCAUUUAUUAAUUUAAAUCUCUGAGACGUGCAGCAUGUUACUCUGACUUUGUCAGAACAAUCUGUUCUUGGUUGAACCAAAACAACAUGGCGUCAAGUUUGAACGAAGAGAGUGUUGAGAAGAAGUUGAUGACAGUUACGAACACCCAAGAUAGUAUUCAGAGUCUGUCACUUUGGAUCAUUCAUCACAAGUCUCACCAUGAACGUAUCGUGGAGCUAUGGUCAAAAGUUCUGCGAAAAUCAGCAAAGCCUUCUCAUCGACUUACUCUCUUCUACUUGUGCAACGACGUGGUGCAGAACAGCAAGAGGAAGAAAGCUCCUGUCUUCAUUGAGACUUUCAAACAACAUUUGAAACAAGCUACUGCCCUAGUCAGGCAAGCAGAUGAUGAGGUCAUGCCACAAUCCAAGAAGCAGAGAAAAGAAAAAAGGGACAUUAGUAUCAAAGCCAAGGUGGAAAGGAUUUUCAAUAUUUGGGAGGAAAGACAGGUGUAUGACAAGGAAUUCAUCAAAGAAAUAAAGGCUAUUUUGGAUGGCAAAAGAUCAGAUAUUAGUGAUCACCACAACAAGACUGGGCACCACAACAAGGCCCAGAAGAAACCCAUUGACCCAGCCUUCAGUCCUGCAAGUGUUGAUGACAUGGAGGCUAUCCAGCCUGCAGAUCCUACGCUUACUGACCUGCAGGCAGAGAAGAGCAAAGAAAAGGAGAAGAAUACACCAAGUCCAGAAGUGUUGGCAGAAUUCAAGCCUCAAGAGAUGGUAGAAAAGAUACGUGUCUACAAACGGCUUGAAUCAGACAUUGAAGUCAAAAUUCGACAGUUGUCUCAUCUAAAACUAGAUGCCUCUAGUAUUGAAGCCAUCAAGCAGCUUAAAGAUAGGGCCCAUGGGAAUGAGUUUUCCACUCAGUUUGAAGAGUCGUGUCUUCGCCUGGAGGAGCUGGUCAAAGGUGUGGAGAAAAAGCAGCAGGAUCAGGCCAAUCUGCUGGAGAUUCUGCUCAUCAGCGAGUAUUUCUAUGAUGAGCAGAACCGCGAAGCACGCAUUGUGGCAAAUGCCUACAAAAAUUUUGGAGCUCGCAUCAACUCUAUGAAGCGACGUUUGGAUGAACUCAAGAAGACCCUACCCUGUGCACAAAGCCCAAUUCCAUCUCCCUCCCUUGAUGCUCCGUCACCAGGCAACACCCCUCCAUAUUUGGAUACCAACACACAUCCAGUAGAUAUGGAUCUGGACACGGGUGAAGAGCCGAGGCUUGAAGGUGGGAGUUUGGACAAUCGAUUGGCCAGCAUAAUACCUACGUUGAAGUCUAGUUCCAUAAUGAAAGAGCAGCCCAUCCCUGUCUACAUCCCUCAGCCUCUGGCCAUCAGCUCCAGCACCCCCCGCAGACCUUCUGCAAACAAAACCCUUACAGAGGCAGAGCUUCCUUUCCCAGUGGAGGAAGGGGGUGGAACACCUUUAACAGAUGAGACCCCUACCACACCUGUCAUGGAUGAGCAGCCAAGUGUGGGGUCAUCUCCUCCACCUCCUCCCCCUGACAAAAAGAAGCAGAAAGAGAAUCCCAUUGACUUUUUGUCCAGGCUUAUCUCACAGACUCAGAAAAGCAAGCCCACUGGUUCUAGCAGCAGCUUUUUGGAGACAUUCUCGCUGCUGACCAGUAAAUCAUCCGAGCCAGUGGGUCUUGGCAGCAGAGACAGAGAGGGGAGCAUGUCGCCACCUCCUUCACAAGGACCCAAGUCAUGGGCUGCAUGGAAAGCACAGACAGAGAAAGGGGUCGAUGACAUGGCAGGCCCAGGCUCUCUUUCUUCAGGUGCUGGAUUGCCUCCACCACCUUUGCCCACAUUUGUUUUGGCUCCACCUCCUCCACCAUCCUCCAUGAGUGUACCACCACCUGGACCAGUUCUACCCCCCACCAUGGUGCCACCUGUACCACCUCCCAUGGCAAGCCCCACAUUUUACCAGCAUACCUCACCAGGCCAGAAAGAGAACUGGCCUGAAGUGCAGUCUGGGACAAAUGGUGCUGUUGAUGUUGGGCCCCCUAACAUUGUCUAUCCUCCCUUGCAGGAGGUUUCUCCCCCCACCUUCCCAUCCAUAAGCAAAGUGCCAGUGAAAGGUAUUUUGCGCAAGACCAGUCACUCAGUGUUGAAGGAGCUGACACCAAGUUCUGAAGAGAUCACUUCUUCUGUUUCACAGUUGCCUCCCCCACCACCUCCUCCAACUUUUGGAGCGUUGAGCUCAGCUGAUGUUCGACCGCCUGAUCAGCCACCUCUGGGAGCAUCUGCAGUUGGUUCCCUGUCUAUGGGAUCUGGCCUCAAAGAUGAAGCUGAAGAGUUUAUGGAGAAGCUGAAGCGCAAGACAACGGUCAGCUCUGUGGUUGCUUCCUACACACCAAACCCCAUACGCCCUAAUCUUAUGACCCUUACCCCCGGAUCAGAUGGGGAUGAUGGCAUGGGGGAAAUGGACAUGGACCUGGACGAGGAGGAUGAAAGUGCUUCUGAAGGAGAAGUGGGGCGACCAAAAGGCAUCCCGGUGCUCAGCAGUGUGGUACGGAGAGUAGAACACCCAGAGAAACCGAGCCGAGAAAAAGAGAGGUUGAGAGAUGGUCGAGAGUUGAGCAGCCAUGAACACUCAUCAUCCUCCUCAAGGGAUCCCCGGGAUGCAUUCCUCAAAGACAGACACUACAGUAGACGCUCCUCAGAUGCAUACUCCCCAGGUCAAAGCUAUGACUAUAGGGACAGUCGCUCCUUUGGCUAUGGGCCACCCCCUGCUCCUUUCUUUGAUCCCUAUCCUGGGAAUCCUCCUUAUUUCAGUGGAGGUGAUCCUUUCGAUGCUUACAAUUAUGGACCACCUCCCCCUAAAAGACCGUAUGCCAGUCCUAGCCAUCAGCGCAGAUCAAAUUACCACCAUUACUGACAAGAAAUCUUGAGCUGGUGACUUGAGUCUAAUGUGGGACAAGCUCACUGUAACUGGCAGAGUGCUUGAGUAUGUGAUCAUGUUAGCCUGACGUGUCAUCAAGUGGGCCAGCUUUGAGAUUUGCUGAUUGUGUGGAAAUGCUGACUGCUAUCAUGUCAAGGCCUGGAAAGGGCAUGUAAAAUAUUUAGAAGUGCUCUUUAUUUGAAUAUUUUGUCUUUAUGACAUUUUAUUGGCGAGGACAGUCUGUUACUUGCAUAGAGAGGAUUUUCUGGAAGCAUCAGUGCAAGUUUUUUUUUUUUUUUAAAGCAUCUGACCAAUUGAGUUUUCUUUUAGUCCUUAUUUGGAUGAUUCUGUUAACUAUUAUUGCUGAAGACAUAGGGUAGCUUGUCAGAAUGUGUUAAAAAUUGUUUUUGUUUGGUGUGGCUGGAAGGUCAGUAUAUUAAAGAUUUUUUCUUUAAAGUUA